GGUUUUGUGAGACCUGAGGCUCUGCGUCUUUUUCCCCCAAAUCUCUCACAUUAUUUUCUCUCUCUAAGAUUGACCCACCAAUACAUUUUCUACCCUUUUCUCUCUCUACUUCACCUUCCAUUCUGUCUCUCACCACUCUUCCUCCUUCUUGGGGGGGUUAAUGUUGAGUGAAAUCGAGAUAGUCAUUAUUGAUGGUUGUUCAGAUGGAAAAGACACCUAAUUCAGCAUCAAAAGAACGUGCUCUGCAGUUAUAUAACAAGAACAUUGAGUUGGAAAAGAAGCGGCAGAAGUCACUCCAGGCUAAGAUUCCAUCUGAUCCUAAUGCUUGGUAUCAGAUACGAGAGAACUACGAGGCAAUAAUUCUUGAAGAUCAUGCCUUUUCUGAACAGCAUAAUAUUGAAUUUUCCCUAUGGCAACUUCAUUACAAGCGAAUUGAGGAAUUUAGAGGACACUUCAGUGCUGCUCAAGCUUCUGUACGAUCAUCUGCAACUAACAGCGGGAGAGCUCCUCAAGUACAAGACAGAAUAACAAAAAUCCGUGUUCAGUUUAAGGCCUUCCUAUCUGAGGCUACUGGCUUCUAUCAUGACUUGAUUCUUAAAAUUAGAGCGAAGUAUGGUCUCCCUUUAGGGCAUUUUACUGAAGAUUCAGACAGUGAUACUGUUAUGGGAACUGACACUGCUAAGUCAUCUGAUGUAAAGAAAGCACUAGUUUCUUGUCAUCGUAGUCUCAUAUAUCUUGGUGAUCUUGCACGUUACAAAGGUGUGUAUGGGGAGGGUGAAUCUAGAGUUCGUGAGUUUUCUGCAGCUUCAAGUUACUAUCUGCAAGCUGCGUCUCUUUGGCCAUCCAACGGCAAUCCACAUCACCAGCUUGCAAUAUUGUCUACUUACUCAAGUGAUGAACUGGUGGCUGUAUACCGAUAUUUUAGAAGUUUGGCUGCUGAGAUCCCUUUUCCAACUGCAAAAGACAAUUUGGUUAUUGCAUUUGAAAAGAAUCGUCAAAACUAUAAUCAGCUGAUUGAGACAACAAAGACCAAUGGGGACAGAGAAUUUAGUGUCAAGGAGAAAUAUAAGGAAUUCUGUACCCAGUUUGUCCGGCUUCAUGGCAUUUUGUUCACUCGUACUAGCAUGGAGACAUUUGCUGCUGUUCUUUCUUCAGUAAGCAGAGUAUUUCAUGAGCUUCUUUCUUCUGGAGCAGAGGAAGAAUUGAAUUUUGGUAGAGAUGGUAUGGAGAAUGGGCUUGCCAUUUUGAGACUUGUGGCUAUCCUCAUAUUCACAGUUUAUAAUGUGAGUAAGAAGAAUGAAGGUCACUCUUAUGCUGAAAUCUUACAGCAUAAUCUUCUAUGCGAUAAUGCUCGUACGGUUACUUUUGAACUUAUGAGUCUUAUUGUCGAGAGAUCUGUACAACUUCACGAUCCUUCAUCUAGUUUCCUUCUACCUAGCAUUCUAGUAUUUCUCGAGUGGUUAGCGUGUUAUCCAGAAUUCGCAGCUUGCACCACCAAUGAGAAAAAACCAACUGCUGCUAGAUCAUCAUUCUGGAAGCAUUUCAUAGCUUUGCUUAAUAAGCUUCUCUCCAGUCAUCUAGUUGCAGCCGAUGAUGAUGGGGAUGAAACUUGUUUUACUAACAUGACCAGGUAUGAUGAAGGGGAGACUGAAAGUCGACUUGCUUUGUCAGAGGAUUUUGAGUUGAGGGGGUUUUUGCCCAUUCUUCCUGCACAUAGUAUUCUAGAUUUUUCAAGAAAGCAGUUAAUCAGUGUUGGUGGUAGUAGUAAGGAAAAACGAACUCGAGUAAAAAGAAUCAUUGCUGCAGGCAGAGCCUUGGUUAGUGUAGCAACGGUUGAUCACAAGUCUGUGUCCUAUGAUUCAAAGGUGAAACAAUUUGUUAUUGGAGUUCAACUGCAAGUAUCUGACAAUAGCAUGCCGAGUUCCAAUAUGGGGUUAACUGAAUCACCUUCAACUGAGCAAGUGGUUACAAUGUCAUCUGUUAAUUCUACGACAAUGAAGGAGAACAUUCAGCAAUUAGGCGAAGGAGAUGACGACGAUGAAGAAAUUGUUUUCAAGCCAGCACUUGUUGAGAAGCAGAUGGAUGUUACUGGACCAACUUGGAUCUUUAAUGAGGAAUUAAAGCAGGGAAGGAGUACCCCACCUGUAUCCAGCGUGCACUAUCAACAGGCUACGUCAGAACGUAUUCCGCCAUCUGGCAAUGUUGCUGCACAAAGUUAUCCCGUGAGGGAUUUGCGUGAUUCACGAUGGCUCGUUGAACAGCAAGCUUCUCUAGCAGAUGGCAUAAACAGAUUGAAGUUCAUGGAAAAUGGCCAUGUAUCAAAUUCUGAAUUGAAAGGAAGUUUGGGUAUCCUGGGUGCUGGUUCACAUUUGCCUCCCCAACCAUCUGCCAGUUUUAUGGAUACUGCUAUCUACUCAGAUUACAGAAGAGCUCCAGAAGUUAUAAACUCAUCCAAGAUGGAUUAUUCUGCAUUUCCUGAAGUCUCUACUGAUAACAUGUCUGUAAAGCCACCAUCUUUCUCUUCAGCAGCUUUUAGAAGUCAAGUGGGCCGUCCUGUUAGGCAUCUUGGGCCUCCACCUGGUUUUAGUCCUGUUCCUCCGAAACAUGUUAGCAUGCCUAUGUCUGGUGUGCCUGGGAGUAAUGGGUCUUUAGUAGUUGACGAUUAUAGCUGGUUGGAUGGUUAUCACAUGCCACCCUCAGCAAGUAAUAUAGGGCCCAAUCAUGCUAGUAAUAAUGUUUUACAUGCCAACUCCCAGUUCUUAACUAAUAUGAAUAGCUCAAAUGGAAAUACCGGCUUGCCAUUUCCUGGAAUGCAAGCUUCUGCUGCUCAGUUUCAAGGGGGGAACCGAAAAAACUAUCCAGAUUACCAGCCUUUCCGAAAUCUAAAUCACAACCAUGAACACAAGUUGCUUGAACAGCAUGCUAUGACUGGGAAUCAUCAGUUCACUCCUCAGCCAGAGCAGUACCAAGGACAAUCCCCCUGGACUGGUCAGUAUCGUGUGUGAGAUCACUUUGGUGGUGUUUUGCGAUGUGGAUGGUGAGUAUAAGUCAUUGCAAAGUGAUGGUCCUUUGGCAUUGACCUAAACCAUACAUGCUGAAUUGCUGACUGUCAUUUCCUUCUUUUCAAGGCCCGGAGAUUGAAUAUGAUGAAAUCCUGUCCUGCAUUAUUUUGCCAAGUGCACAGCCCCAGCUAUGUACUGUUCUCACUGUUUUUUGGUGUACGAGGUGAUGAGUGGUGUAAGGUGUCCAGCGAGGACUAACUGCCAAACUUAUUCUGCUGAUUCUCUGGUGGGAGGAGUGAUUAAAAUGGCUUGUUGCAAACUAAAUUAUUUUUGUCGCCAUCUAUUCCCCUUUUGACCAUGAUAUAUCCCAGUUGAUUUUGUCUCUCGAUGGCUGAUAAAUUACAUAGAAAACUGCUGUGUUUGGUCAAGUGGACAGUUGUCCAGUGUUGAUGCUUGUCAUAGUUUUCUCGUCAGUUGGCUGCUGUUACCGGAAGAUGGCUGGAACUAGUGUUCUCUUCCUGGAGUUUCUGAAACACUGAUGGUUGUGUUGUGGAGGCUUUAGUUGGGAGUUGUGAUGCAUGCAUUGGAGGGUUUAUGAAGAAAACAUAUCACCUCUGAUCUUAGGGGUUGCUCAAAAUAAUCAUCAGGAAAACUGAUGACAUUUCUUGCUUUUAUAUGUGUUUGUGUUAUUUGGAACUUAGUUAUGUUGUUUGAACCAAAAAACUAAUGUAUUUGAAUUCUGAAAACCUCCUGUUUGAUAAGUUAUCUCAAACUUUGUACAAGAUAUGCAAUAAAACAAUUAUCUUUUGUUCU